AAAGUUUGAUAGACAAUACUGAAAAUCUAACUUUAAAGAAAAAUUAACGAUGUUUGAUAAACCUCGCAAGAGACUAAAAGGAAGCAGCACGCUAACUUAUGAUGCUAUGGAUACUGCUGGCAGGAUUAGUGAAAAGGAAGAACAAUAUGCUCAUUGUUCUGCUCCUUCUUCUUUUGGAAAGAUUAGAAAUACAAUAUAUUCCAAACAAGGUGUACUGAAUUUAAUUUUUAUUGUAAAGACUACAUUACUUAUUAUUAUCACAGUAGCAUCUUUUGCUACCCCAGCUGAAAGUUCCUUGAUAAAACCUAUUCUACCAAAUAACCAGAAUGUUGCUGGAGUCUCACGUGUAGAACUUAUAGAAGAAGAACUAAAAUCUAAAACUGGAGAAAUUUUUCCAUGGAAAGAUAUACGUCUGCCUUCUUUUAUAAUACCCGUGCACUAUGAUUUAUUUAUAUUUCCAAACCUUAAAACUUCUGAAAAUAUUGGCAACGUGAAUAUAACAUUUAAAGUUACAACACAGAGAAACUUUAUAGUUCUGCAUUCAAAGGAGCUGAAUUUGACAAACCUCUCAGUAACCGAGAGUAAUGAAAAGGAAAUACCAGUUCUUCAGUAUUUAGAAUAUCCAAAACAUGAACAAUUGUAUAUAAAAAUUGAUGGAAAUUUCAUGCCCGAUCUGGAAUAUAAAUUAUCAAUUGAUUUUGAAGCAUAUCUGAAAGUCAUUAAGGGAGGAUUUUAUUUAAGUUCCUAUGUGACAACAGGCGGCCAAAAGAGAUACUUAGCUACGACAAAUUUUGAGCCAACUGGUGCACGAUCAGCUUUUCCUUGUUUUGAUGAACCUGCUAUGAAGGCUACUUUUCAACUUUAAGCACAUGAUGAAAAUUACAAAGCUUAUUUCAACUCUGAAGCUUUACAAACUGCUCCAUAUGGUGGUGGGUUUUCUAUAACAUCAUUUCGCAAAACUCCUAAAAUGAGCACAUACUUGGUUGUUUUUAUGGUUUGCGAUUUUAACGAACGCCAAAUUACAAACACCGAUGGUAUAAAUAUUCGAGUUCUUGUUCCCGCUGAGCAUUAUGCAGAAACUGAAUUGGCUUUAGAGAUGGCUGCUGAUCUUCUGCACUUUUAUAAAACAUUCUUUGAUGCCAGUUAUCCAUUGUCUAAAUUUGAUGUGGCGGCUGUUCCUAAAUUUGCUGCUGGAGCUACGAAAAACUGGGGCCUUGCAACUUUGGCGAUGAACAGCGUUUUAAAUAAUCCUUCAGAAGCAUCAACUGAGAGCCAAGGAUUGGUGGCUUCUAUAAUAUCUCAGAAAUUGGUUCAUCAGUGGUUUGGAAAUUUAGUAACUGUGCAAUGGUGGAAUGAUUUUUGGUUGUAUGAAGGUUUUGCAAGUUUUCUACAAGCAGUGGCUUUGGAUAAUAUCAGACCAGAUUGGAAUACGAUGGAUGAGUUUGUUGUAGAGACAACUCAAGUUGCACUCUCUUUGGACAGUCUUCAAAUUUCUCAUCCAAUAAUAACUGAUGCUACAGAUCCUCUUGAAAUAAAAGCAGCAUUUGAUUUCAUAUCUUCUAAGAAGGGAGCUGCAAUAUUAAACAUGUUAGCUGGUUUCCUUGGCAAGGAAACAUUUAAAAAGGGACUAUCAAUCUACUUGAAUAAAUACAGUUUUCAGAAUGCUCGUGCUACAGACUUGUGGAACACACUUAGUGAGGUUGAUCCUUCACACAUAAAUGUGUCACAGAUUAUGGACACAUGGACACGUUAGAAAGGUUAUCCUCUUAUUACAGUUACACUUGAACACACUGUAGUGAAAGUCAAACAACAAAGAUAUCGAGCAACUGCUCUUGAAUCAGAUGAUGAUCCAUCGACAGAUGAGUCUCUUUAUGGUUACAAGUGGUUUGUUCCUAUAACGUAUGUUACUGAUAUCUCAGAUAAACAGAACAUUUAUUGGCUGAAUAUGACUGAUGGUGAAUUUACUUUACCUGUUGAAGCAAAAUGGCUAAAAGUAAAUGUCAAUCAAACUGGCUUUUACAGAGUUAUGUAUGAUAAUGAUCUAUGGAAAGCUUUGACCGAUUUACUUCAUUCAAAUCAUAAGAUUCUUACAACGGCCGAUCGAGCUAAUCUCGUGGAUGAUGCUCUCUCGUUUUCAAGAUCAGGAAAUUUGGAAAAUGUGCUUGCUUUCAAUCUGACUCAUUAUUUAGAAAAGGAAGACCAAUUUGCCGUUUGGGAAAGAGCCAUUAUGCGUUUUGAACAAUUAUAUGUGCUGAUGCAAAAUAGUCCUCUUCUUUACUCAUUAUUCCAAAAAUAUAUGGUAAAACUAUUAAAACCAACUGUCAACACACUCGGCUGGGAAGACAAAGGAAGCCACAUGGAGAAGAAAUUACGCUCUAUUGCUUUAGCAGCAUCAGUAUACUAUGGCGACGAGCAAACUAUUUCUAAAGCAAUCCAAAUAUAUCAGAAUUGGAUGCAGAAUGGUGAAAAAGUUCCACCCAACUUGCGUAGUGCUGUGUACAAUGCUGGUGUGAAAUAUGGUGGCAAAGAAGAGUGGGAAUUCUGUUGGAAUCAGUACCAAAAAGCACAGCCUUCUUCCGAAAGAAAUCUGCUUUUAACUGCUUUAGGAAAUACUCAAGAUGCUUCACUGAUAGCCCAUUACGGGGGAUCGCCCUUUGCGAUGACUAUCAUUAUAACUGAAACUACGUCUCAUUUUAAUACUCAAUCGGAAUAUAAUGAGGCUGAAGCUUUCUUUACUGUAGAAAAUGUGGGAUCUGGUACAGAAGGUCUUAAGACAAGUCUGGAGAUGAUAAAAUCUAACAUCAAAUGGCGUGAAGAAGCCGAAGCUUCUCUUACACAGUGUUGCAACAAAUUGUUAAUUAGAUUUUCUCUACUAUGUAACAUAUAUAGCAACAGUGAAAAUGCUGAAUCUGAAUGA